AUGGAGUGUUUAUUUUGUGGUCAGACUUUGCAAGAAAAUGACAAACUUGUGACGCAAAAUUCGACAUUGAAACGAAUAAAAACAAUUAUAUGUGCUGCAGAAAAAAGGAAAGACACUUGUGCUCAAAAUAUCUUGCAUCAAAAGGAAGACAUUCUAGGAGGAAGGUUAAAGUACAAUUUCAUAAAACUUGCCGACAAAAAUUUAUUAGUUCACAAAAUAUUGGAUAUGUUUCUUAAAGCAAUGAAACCGAAAACGCUUCAUCGUCUCGGACAAGAUAUCUUAAAGACUGAUUUAAUAUUCAGCAAAUGUGCAUACAGGAUUGCCAUAGGGGAAGGAGCACCUCAGUGGUAUCAAUAUUUCUUGUGCGGUGUUAAGGGUAUUCUCGAAAUCCUACCUAAAGACAUUACUAUCAAGGGAAUGAGAAUUGUAGUGAGCGGUAAUGUGCCACAAAGUGCGGGUCUUUCUAGCAGUAGUGCUCUGGUUAGUGCCGCGGCUCUAGCAACUGCCCAUGCUAACGAAAUUGCCUACUAUAUCGGAAAAUAUGGUGAUCCGACAGAUCGAAAAAUGAUGCAUGUAGAAAUGGGACAGCCCAAUGAAAUUAUUGAUAAAAAUACGACCAGUGAAACAAAUAGUAAAAAAGGAGUUUCAUCAAAAGUUUUCACAGAGUUACAGCCAUUUUGUGAAGGUAAUGCAACAGAUCGAAAAAUGAUCCCUGUAGAAAUGCGACAGUUCAAUGACAUUAUUGAUGAAUAUGCGACCAAUGAACCAAAUUGUGAAAAACAAGUUUCAUCAAAAGUUUUCACAGAGUUACAACCACUUCGUGAAGAGUAUCUGGAAGAUAGCUCUGUUGAUGAUUCCGACGUGGAUCCAGACUACGAACCAUCAGAUGAAAAGCAAAAGAAUACCAUAAAGUUGAAAUUUCUAUCCCGAAAAAGAAAAAUUUCAAAAGGUAUGAUCACAGAACUUAGGCGUCACCAAAAUAAAUCUAAAGGAUUACAAAUUGCCAAGGACGGGAAAGGAAAGGGAACUCCGUCCAAUAAGAAAGAUAGCUUAAUAUUUAAAGAUCACAUUAAUUCAUUUAAUCCACAAGUAUCCCAUUACAAACUUGUGCAUGCUCCAAGCAGGCGAUAUCUACCUUCAGAUAUAAGUAUAACAGAUAUGUAG